UUGAGGACCGGGUUGGCGCGACUGAAUCAUUGCAGUCGGAUGGCAACCCGAGAUCUGGGCUUCGAAAGGCUCAUCAGGCGAAAGGCCGUGGAAACCACCGGGACUUUGAGACUCGGUGGGCCCUACCCCGCUUCACUUCGGGUGACGGCGCUGUGACGAGCAACUGACAGGCGCAACGAAAGGCAGCCCUCUGCUGUCUGGAGAAAAGCAGAGGCCUGGGCUACCAGCCUCGGGAGGGAGCCGAGGGCAGUGUUUGGGGCAGCGGGUCACAGCGGCUGAAAGCGCGCGUGGGAAGCGAGGGUUCUAGGUGCAAUAAGAGUUUCGGGAUGUCAGAGAAAGAUGUCUCCCGGAAGGAGGCAGGCUAAAGCGUGGGUACCACUACCUGCCUCAAGACAGGUGGGAGAGAAGGGGAUGAGGCUGGUGUCAAAGAUCAAGGGUCCCGCGCUCUGAGUUCAGGGAGUUAGUUUGAUGUAGGAGGCAUAGGUCAGAGGUCUCACGCAAGUGAGAAGGCUCUAAGGGGAGUCACAAACCGGGGUAGUUGAAUCUUCUGGGAGGACUGCAUCUUCUCUAGCGAGCUGCUCUAUCAGGUUAGAAUUCAAGGAGAUGGUAUCUCGUGGGGGGUCGGCCAAAGGCUGGCAAAGCCAAGCCUGUCAAAGGUCAUAGGAUUGGCGGGCCCUCUAAGACUCGCUGUAGAUAAGCGACUUCACUUGAUUUACUGUUCUGUCAUGCGUGCUCCUCUCUUGACCAGAGGGGUCUCAGUCACCAUGGAGGACCGGCAUCCCAAAGAGACCAUGGAGCAGCAGGAUUCGUCCAAGGAGAGAAGUCCCCAAAGUCCGGGAGGUGACAUCUGCCACUUGGGGGCCCUGCAGUGCACCCGCUGCCUCAUCACCUUCGCAGACUCCAAGUUCCAGGAGCGUCACAUGAAGCGGGAGCACCCAGCGGACUUCGUGGCCCAGAAGCUGCAGGGGGUCCUCUUCAUCUGCUUCACGUGCGCCCGCUCCUUCCCCUCCUCCAAGGCCCUGAUCACCCACCAGCGCAGCCACGGUCCAGCGGCCAGGCCCUCCCAGCCGGCUGCGCCCACCACCACGCCACCCACCUUCCCCUGUCCUGACUGUGGCAAGACCUUUGGGCAGGCCGCUUCUCUGAGGCGGCAUCGCCAGGUGCACGAGGCCCACCCCCUUCCUGGCCCCUUCGCCUGCACUGAGUGCGGGCAGGACUUUGCCCAGGAAGCAGGGCUGCAUCAGCACUACAUCCGGCAUGCCCGGGGGGAGCUCUGAGUGUGGCUCCAGCCCUCCCUAGGGCAAUGGAAGCUCUGCGGCUGGUGGGACACCCAUCUGAUAUGGGAUGGGAGGGAUUUACUUUCCUCCCUGGAAAGGCAAAGGACUCCUGAUGAAUAGGACCCAGAAGAUGCUCAUUUAGAGCUUCCAGCUUUGGAGGACACAAAAGCCUUCAGGGAAACAGUAAAAUCAAACAAUAGUGAGAAAGAAAGAAAGAGGGAAGUUUGUUAUUUGUAUCUUCCUCGUUCCCAAUGAAAUAGUUUGAAAUCAUAACUAGCUGCAGAUUGUGUUAUCACCAUUAAUUCUUCCCAGGUGGAGGCAAUGGGGCUGCAAGAGCCAAGUGCCUGGAUCUGGGCCUGAAUCGGGGAGGGAAAGUGAGGUGUUGCCUGCCUGUAAUGCCACCGAAUGGGUCCCACACGUGGAGCAACUUGAGCCUUUGGGGAUGGGACAGCAAAGUCGGAGGCGGCACUGAGUCACGUGAGGGUUGCAAACUGGGCCCUUGUCUCUUCCCACCCCCUGCCAGCCUUGCCCACUCAAGGUGGGGCCGUGGCAUUGGAUGGCUCUGCCUUCCUCCUCCCCAGAUAAUUUAUUGUUCAUUGAAAUAAUUUUAUGUACCAUUCUGGUCACGGAAUAUUUUUUGUAUGUGUAGGUGAGAUGGCAUGAAUAAACUAACAGAAGUAGUAUCUGAAAACAAAAGGUCCAUAAUAAAAUGUCUAAACAAGGAA